UUCAUUCCAUAUACAUUCCCCACUGUUUUCUCUUUCUAUCUUCUUUCCUUUCUUUCUUUCACCUCUUUUCCUUCAACACAUACUUAUUCACUUUCACUGAAUCUGUUUAUUCAGAUUUAUCCUGGUUCCUUUCUUUCAUCCCCAUUAAUUUUUUUCUACCCUCUUUCUCCUCUUGUCUACUUCUUUCUUUGGUCUUCUGCUCUUUUCUUUCAUCAACAUCAACACCUCCAGCCAUCCAUUCAUCUCCAACCAUUUCUCCCUUUCUUACUUCCUUUCCUUCUUUCCUGUUUUGCCUUUUUCUUUACGUAGUCACCAUCACUGAAUCUGUUUAUCCAGCCAUCCCUUCUUCCUUCACCCAGAAAUCACCCCCCACCCCACCGACACACACACGACACACGCGUAAACAGUCCUGAGGCGUCCUCCUGUUACUCGUGCUCUGACUGAUUUGGCAACAUAGUAGUGAAACCUGAAACACGUAACUGCUCUGUAUACGCGAGAUGAAAGACACCGGGUCUCUGUGAUUGACAGGGGAGACAGGAAGGACGUCUGUCCCACCCAGACAGCGGGACGGCUGUAUUCUUGGACCACCAUCUUGAUAUUUUUAGGGUUUAGUGCGCUCCCUCUGAACACACUUCUGAAGUGACGGCUCUCACCACAUACACACUCGACUUGUCCGGAAGUCCUAAGCGGCCGUGUGUUAUUGGGUUUUUUUCCCUGUCUUUGUUUUCUCGCGAUCGCUGCGUAACCAAAAGCCGUUUCCUCACGACGUCAUUUUCCACAACAGUACGAGAUCGUGGCUCCGUAUGAGGUGGACCGUCACGGCCGCUACGUCUCCCACGCCGUCGCUCAUCACUGUCGCAGGAGGAAGCGCUCACCGGAGGAUCACGGGAUUGACCCCGCCCCCACGGCGCACUUCCGGCUCCGCGGCCUCGGACAGGACUUCCACAUGGAGCUGCGUCCGUCCGGCGGUCUCGUUGCGCCGGGAUUUACCGUCCAGACUCUGAGCGGAAACGGUACCGAGAAGCUGGAGACCUUCCCGGGAGAGGAUUUCUGCUUCUAUCAAGGCUCUGUGAGGUCAAAGGUCAACUCUAGAGUGGCGCUAUCCACGUGCGCCGGGAUGUCAGGUCUGAUCCGCACCCAGGAGGCCGAUUACUUCUUGAAGCCGCUCCUCCUGCACCAGUUACAGAACGAGAACUACACCGCAGCACCCGAACACCAUCCACACAUCCUCUACAGGAUCCACACACACAUACCGGGACGCUCGGGCGGAGCCAAACGCCGUCGCCGACGUCAUGGUCUCCACAGCGACGACGGACCCGGAGCACACCAGAAACAACACUACUGCGGAAGGAGGAAGAAAUAUGUGCCGCGACCUCCCGCUGAAGAUGUUUACGUUGCUCCUGACGAGUAUAAAUCAGCGCCGAGAGGAAGGCGAGCGGCGACGCUAAGCGCUAAUCCCAGACGCAACGUGGAGACGCUGGUGGUCGUGGAUCAGAAGAUGAUGGAGAAUCACGGGCGAGAGAACGUCACCACGUUCGUCCUCACCGUCCUCAACAUGGUCUCCACCCUGUUUAAGGACAGAACGAUAGGAGGAGAUAUUAAUGUAGUGAUUGUGGGACUGAUCCUGCUGAGCGGAGAGCAGGAUGGUUUGGUGAUUAGUCAUCACGCUGAUCACACUCUGAGCAGUUUCUGUCAGUGGCAGUCGGCUCUGGCGGGUCGUGAAGGUCGUCGCCAUGAUCAUGCCAUCCUGCUGACGGGGUUGGACAUCUGCUCCUGGAAGAACGAGCCGUGUGACACGCUGGGUUUGGCGCCGAUCAGUGGGAUGUGUAGUAAAUACCGAAGCUGCACCGUUAACGAGGACACGGGACUCGGACUUGCCUUCACCAUCGCUCACGAGUCAGGCCACAAUUUUGGAAUGGUGCACGAUGGUGAAGGAAACGUGUGUAAGAAGUCCACAGGGAACAUCAUGUCCCCUACAUUAGCGGGAGAUAACGGACUCUUCUCCUGGUCGUCCUGCAGCCGUCAGUAUCUCACGCGCUUUCUCAGCACCGCUCAAGCUACGUGUCUUUCGGACGAACCGAACGCGAUGGAGGAAUACAAAUAUCCGGAGAAGCUUCCCGGCGAGCUCUACGACACCGACACUCAGUGCAAAUGGCAGUUUGGAGAAAAAGCCAAACUCUGCACACUGAACUUCAAAAAGGACAUCUGUAAGGCUCUGUGGUGUCAUCGCACCGGCCGAAAAUGCGAGACCAAAUUCAUGCCGGCGGCCGAGGGCUCCAGCUGUGGCCCCGAGAUGUGGUGCCGUCGUGGAGCAUGUGUGAAGCGCGGUGAUGAAGGUCCUCGGCCUGGUUACGGUCACUGGUCCGAGUGGUCCGAUUGGUCGAGCUGCUCCAGGACGUGUGAGAGUGGCGUGAUGUACCGAGAGAGACAGUGCAAUCGCCACGAGCGUGCGGAUGGAGGGAGUGUGUGUGAGGGCGUGUCUCGUGUGUAUAAACUGUGUAACACCGUGGACUGUCCUGCGAGUGCGGUGGACUUCAGAUCGGCUCAGUGUGCCGAGUUUAACACAAAGCCCUUUCGCAGCUUUUACUACAGAUGGAAACCUUACCAGCAAUUUAAAGAUCAUGAUGUGUGCAAGCUCUACUGCGUCGCCGAGGGCUACGACUUCUUCUUUGCGCUUUCCAACAAAGUCCGUGAUGGCACACGGUGUACACUGGACAGCAACGAUGUGUGCAUCGACGGCGUGUGUGAGAAAGUGGGUUGUGACCACGAGCUGGGUUCAACAGCCGUACUGGACAUGUGUGGUGUCUGCAAUGGCAAAAACUCUACCUGUAAACUCUACAAAGGCCGAUACACCAAGCAACACUAUUCCAAUCAGUACUAUGGAGUGGUCACUAUCCCGGCAGGUGCCCGUAGCAUUCGUGUGGUGGAGUCAAACUCCUCCAGAUCUUUUCUUGCCCUGAGGAAUACACACAGGAAAUACUAUCUAAAUGGUCAUUGGAAAGUGGACUGGCCUGGACGUUACUCCAUUGCGGGAUCGGUUUUUGACUACAAACGACCCUAUAAUGGUCUUGAGGGUCUGACAUCCACAGGGCCCACCAGUGAAACUCUGGUGGUAGAGAUCCUGCUGCAGGGUUCGAACCCAGGCGUGCGGUGGGAAUACACACUAACCAAAGCCAAGACGGAGAAGGUAACCAAGCCCAAACACAAAUACACAUGGGCUGUGAUUCGCUCCGAGUGCUCUGCUACUUGUGCCGGAGGCGAGAUGAAAACGAAGGCGGCGUGUUAUAAGGAUCAGCGAGUCCAAGUGAACACGUCGUACUGUAACCCCAAAUCUCGACCCAAAACCGGUACCAUUUCCUGUAACACCCAACCCUGCCCUCCCAGAUGGAGUGUAGGAGACUGGGGUGUGUGUAGUCGUACGUGUGGGUCGGGGGAACAGAGUCGACAGGUGCAGUGUGUUCAGAUGGCGAGUCACACCCGGGUGAAGGUGCUGAGCGAUGAGCAGUGUGUUCAGCCUCCGCCUGUGCGCACACACACCUGUAACACACACUCCUGCCCGCCUACAUGGAGCGUCGGCACCUGGACUCAGUGUUCACGUAAGUGUGGUAAGGGUGUGCAGAGGAGGGCAGUGGUGUGUGUGCGCAGAACUCCGGGAUCACGUGACCUCGCUCUCCCAGACAGCGAAUGUGUGCUCCUGCCCAAACCACACAGCCUGGAGAACUGCGUACUGAAACCCUGCCCAAGAACACACACCACACACUGGAGCAUCACUCACUGGCAACAGUGUUCAGUGACGUGCGGUGCAGGUGUUCAGCUUCGCUCUCUGCAGUGUGUAGAGAAGGACAUGACAGGGAAACAGAGAACGCUGACCGAGAAGAAGUGCCAACACACACCCAAACCAUCAGCCGAGCUGCAGAGAGUGUGUGUUCAACCUGACUGCGUCAACACACACCGCUCUCACACACCACAGUGGUACACAUCAACCUGGUCUCAGUGUACAGUGUCAUGUGGUGGUGGUGUCCAGCUCCGCUCUGUUCAGUGUCUCCUCUACAGACGCCCCUCAUCCACUUGUUCCCUUCAUUUGAAACCGGCUGCGUCUCAAAUCUGCAACACCAACUUCUGUCCUCCGCAGCACAGAGACACCGUGUGUAAGGACUCGUACAGUUGGUGUCACCUGGUGCUGCAGCACGGAGUGUGUAACCAUCACCUGUACAGGGCGCAGUGCUGUCUCUCCUGCUCAAACACCAACUUCUGAUCUGCAUCAGCAAUGAAAUUAAGGAUUAGCGUGUUAGCAUGUGCGACACACACAGACACACAAACGCACACACACACACACACACACCAUGUGUGUCUGUAGAGUAUGUGGAGCAGCUCACGUCAGACUGAGACGCAGGGAUGUGUGGACAGAGAUGGAGAGAGACGGAGAGAGAGAUUGCUGCAGUUCGUGUAUUCGAAGGGUGCAGCGUGAAGAUUUAGGACACGCGCAUUUGCUGAGAUGGGUGGGAUUUGGUUGUGCGAGUGUGUGCCGUGAUGCGAGGACUCUGCAAUUUUGCCUUUUGCACAUAAAAUAUAAAAGUGACUGUCUGCGUUGUUUUGUUUGUUUUUGUGGAAAAUUUUAGGAGAAUGUUGAGCUUUGUGCCGUGGACUGACUGAAGAAUCGGUUUUACACUGUUUGUAUUAAAAUGGACGUUUUUUUUUUGUUUUGUUUUUAAAGUAAUUAAAUAAAUGUCAUAGUUUGUGUUUAAAGUAAAGGUUAAACAUUAAAAGUGUGUCGUUUCACUGAGGCCUUUCCCAUGACAAUUCAGUCACAAUCAUCAUAUGCCUGGGUCAAUCUUUGUGAAAUCACCUGAGACCUCCUGACUGACCAGCUCAGAUUUGCUUCAUACUUUCUGGAAAUGUUGAGACUAUUCCUACUAAAUAGUGUGCAAAAUGUCAGACUUGUACCUGGAUUACUUUCUGAGAUACAGAGGCUUUACAAAAAAAAAAAAACGGUGGGGAGGCAUAAUUUUACUGUUAAAGCGAGAACUACAGAAAAAGUUACAAAGUUCCAUAAAUCAUUACUUUUGAACUACUCAUGCUAGACACUUGAAAUUUUCAGGGAUUGUUGUCUAGUAUAAGAUGCCUUUAAAUUCUGAAACAGAAGGUCCACGGUUGCAUAUUUGCCAAUUUAUGCCCUGCUGAAUAUUGUUAAAUAAAUAAAUAGAAUAAUUUCUGUGCUUUGGCUCUCUGGAUCUCCGCACUAAAGCACAUUCGAUCUGUGAA